AUGGAUCUCAAUACCGAGAGAAAUCCUGAAGUUACAAACACUGAAGCCUCGUGGAACCCAGGCACUGCCAAAGAUGCUCUUCAAAACCCAAUUGCAGGCUACCUCAUUUCCAAAAAACUUGCUGAAAAAGCUGCUUGGGAUUUCGUGGAGAAUGAACAUCCCAACUUCACCUUGACCACGGUGAACCCAGCUUAUGUAUUCGGUCCUCAAGCUUUUGAUUCUGAUGUCAAAGAUACGCUCAACACAUCGUCUGAGAUCAUCAAUAAGGUUUUAAAGUUGAAACAAAAUGAAGAAAUUCCAACGAUGACUGGCGCUUUCAUUGACGUUCGUGAUGUGGCCAAGGCACACUUGAUUGCUUUCGAAAACGAGACCGCUAAAGGCAAACGAUUGGCUCUCGCUGAAGGAAGAUUCAGCAACCACGAUAUUGCCAGAGUUGUCCACGAACAUUUCCCAGAAGCUGCGAUUCCUCAACCAGACGCUCAGAAAUCUGCACAGGAAAAAUCCGUCUUGUGCAAGUUGGAUUUUUCUGAAACCCAACGUAUUUUUGGGUCAAAAUACAUUGAUUUUGAUACCAGCGUUGUGGACUCUGUGAAACAAAUUCUUCAAAAGUAG